CACAUGAUGCGGCGCCAUGGACAGUCAUCCAAAGGACGUAAACGAAUUAGCAAUCAAGAAUGGACAGUUGGAUAACCAUAUGCAAUGGGCUUCUGACGCUGUGGCGCUGACGUGUCCGUACUGCUACAGGUCUACCUUCAAGCAGACAAGUGACCUAAGGCGACACAUCCGUAUUCACACUGGAGAGAAGCCCUUCAGGUGCCAACACUGCCCAUACAGUGCGGUCCGAAGAGAACACCUUAAUGAUCAUCUAUGGAGACGGCAUAAGAUAGUGGCAAAGAAGAGAACUCAGACUGAUCUCCAUAUUACACUCUGACAAUCUUGCACCAAUUCUCUAUAUUUAUAUUGAAAACUUUGAAAAAGAUACAACUUUGAUUCCACAGAAGAUGGUAGUUCUUUCAUGAGGUUGAUUUCUGUAGAAAAAAAUAUUGGGAGUUUUUCCUGGGUGAAAACUUUAAAUUCUGCUGUUUAUGCACCAGUUCAUGUUAGCAAACUCAGUAAAGUGGACCUUUAUAAAUGAUUUGUAGACAGUUUUUGUGGCUGUAUAAAAAUUUUAUUGGUUAUAUUUUAUAAUGCUUCUGUCAGUAAAUUUACACCUAUUAUGAGCAACAACCUCUUUAUUUCAUGCGAAACAAAGCAUGCUAAAGAGUUAUG